AUGUCGAAAUUCGCGAUUGUGACUGGCGCUUCCCGCGGUUUCGGCCGGGGUAUUUCCAAAGUCCUCGCGAACGAGGGCGGUUACACGGUGUAUGCGUGUGCGCGGACAACGGAGAAACUGGAAGCGCUCGCGAAGGAUUGUGCGGGUGGACCCGGGAAAGUGAUCCCCUACUCGCUGGACCAGGCGAAGGGAAAUGAGGCGAAAGUGCAGGAGUUUGUCAACACCGUCGCGGAAGCCGCAAAGGCCGCCGGCACGGGCAUUUCCCUCGUCGUCAACAGUUCCUGCGGAUCGCUCGACGGCAUGACCCCCUACCUCGGCAAGCCCUUCUGGGAGCACCCGGCUAGCGAGUUUGACGCGCACGUGGAGAUCGGCGCGCGGAGUUCCUACGUGCUGAGCACGAUGGUGAUUCCGAAAAUGAUCGAGGCGCAGGUGACCAAUGGGUUAAUCCUCCAAAUUAUGGAUUGCAAAAAUGUCUGGGUCUGGAAGUUUGGAACUUGUGACGCUAACUCUGGACUCUAAAAAAAUCUGUAUUGCGUGACCAGCAAGAGGAGUCUAGUUUGUGCUACGCGGAGAGGGCAUUUCUCAUGCGAAAUAGGCAUCAGGAAGCCCUCCAAAAAUCUGUGAUGCUAGAUCAUGCAUUAAAGACAUCCUGGGUCAUGCAAAAUAUGCAUCACAAAUCCCGGAAUCUUCCAGACCCAGACAUUUUUACAUUUGAUACAAAUCUCUUCCUACGGCGGAUUCAUUUACGCGUUCGACGUGGGCUACAGUGUGGGGCACUGCGCUAUCAAAAGGAAACAUCCCCCCUCCCCAUAUCGAAAAGGUAUGUUUCCGAAAAUUUGCGUUGCUGAUUUGAGACCACGAAUCACGCCUGUCUUGCGAGAAGGCAACUCCACAAGCUCCGCAGCAUUAUGCAGGCGGUUUGUGAUGCUGAUGGGCCUACAGCGUGGACGUUUCUCAUGCUAGACGCCUAGGCCAAAACCUUUCGACUUCGGCUGAGUAUGGGUCUGCACUCCUCUCCAGCAAGACAAAUCUGAUUUGUGUAUGCAGAUCCUGCAUCAGACACGUCAGACGCGUUGGGGUGGAUAUGAGGAGGGGGGAUGUUUCCUUUUGAUAUGCGCGACCGACCGCUUGAGUUGGGACAUGGCGAUCGAGCUGAACUCUACCGAGGCGACAAACGGGACGAAUAAAUGCAAGAUCCGGUCCUGCUGCCUCCACCCGGGUGGGGGUGUCACCGAGGUCGCCGCCUUUCCCGGGGGGGAGACCCCACUGUAUGUCGGUUUGUGUGUGUUGGCGCUGCACGCGGAUUCGACUACCCCGGCGUUUCUGGACAAGGCCAACGGGAAGGUUUUGUUCACCGCGGAUUUGACCACGAAGACACUGGAAAAGGACGGACUCGACGGGUCGGGCAUCAAGGAGGAGGGCCCCGACGCGGUAUCAAAUGCAAAUAUCCCUGGGUCUGGAAGAGUCAUGCUGCUUUUGCAUGACACAGAAGGUCUGGCAUGGACGCUCUAGCAUCACAGAUUUCAUCGAGAAGCUUCCGCAAUGCCGAAUCCGCAUGACAAAUGUGCCAUUUAUUUUGGUGACAGAAAGUGGGCAGCUUUUGCUGCCUAGUAUGCAUGAGAGAUUUUUACGUGUUGUGAAAUGUGCAUCACAAGUUUGCAUUCUUCCAGACCCAGACAUAUUUGCAAUGCAUGCGCGGACGAAGUGAACAAGAAGCGGGUCGAGGGACUGGGCUUCCCGCAGAUGAUGCUCGCAGGAAAGCGGGGCGAAAACAACAUGGACGCGGAGUUGCCGAACAUGACGGACUUUUUUGCUGACGCGUCGACGAAGGCCUGCUUCCCGGGCUGUCCGCAGAAUCCGUAAAGGAAUAAGGAACACGUUCGUCGUAUGCAAGUACGCGCUUUUUAGUUUUACCGGUAGUUCCAAGAAAAAAAUGUCCGAACUUUUCCUGUGUGUUUCUAGCCAAUACACCCUUCGUGUGAAUGCGAAGCGAUGUCUGUACCUGAAGAAAAUGUACGAGAGUUCUCAUGUACGUUUCCAAAAUUCAGUACCGAAAAUGAAAAUGUAUGAUUCGAUAUAAUUACGGGUGACAGAUGAAUAGUUGUUUGCGCGCGCACUGGUUGAGCAUGAAUUUGGUUGAGAUCAUUUACAAAGAACAAAAAAAUGCAUUAUGCAAAGCGCAUCUUAUCUACGCAACGCCAACAAACUUUUUUAAGCUUUGCUAGCAAUGACAGUAUCACACUGACACCAGUACCCGCGCGUAAGACCGCGGAGCGAGGCUUGAACCUGUCGCAGAUGCAACCAGAGCACGUUUUGUGUGGCGGAUGCAUCUCACGUUUUUCACGCGUACUUUUCACUGCUACCGCAGCUGCGAAGGAGCAU